AAUUAUGUCAAAUUAUUCAUAUAGUUUGGCUAUAAAUUCCCAAUACCAGCCGAUUGAAACGUGUGGGGGCCACGCAUAACAACAUCAAAAUAGAGAAAGAAAAAAAAAAACAAAACACAGCAGGCAAGGCGAAUCCGGAAAGAGGGGGCAACUGCAAGCGAAGACGAACGGCAAAAAAGAUAAUGUCGAGCGAUGAACUGUCGUGGCGCACCAAAUAUUCGAGUUCGCGUUAUCAACGCCACGAAAGCGCCGAGCAGCGGACGCCCUUGAAUGCCAGCUCGUUGCACUGGCAGCGUCAACAGUUCGGCAGCGAUGUGGACGAGCAGCUGCGACGCCGGCUGCAUGCCUCGCCCGCCUACAUAGAUCGACUCGAGCAGGAGACAGUCCUCGCCGGCCACGAGGGCUGUGUCAAUUGUUUGGAGUGGACAAGCGACGGCCUGUUGUUGGCCUCCGGCUCGGAUGAUUAUAAGGUGAUGAUAUGGGAUCCGUUUCGGAAGCAACGCGUCCACACGAUCAACACGAAACAUUUGGGAAACAUAUUCUCGGUGAAGUUUUUGCCGCGACACAACAACAACAUUGUGGCCACCUGUGGCGCCGACAAAUAUAUCUAUGUCCAUGACAUCAAUCAUGGCAACGAAACGAUAUUCAGCUGCAAUUGUCACACGAUGCGCGCCAAGCGACUGGCCACUGCACCAGAUUCACCGCACAUCUUCUGGUCCGCCGGCGAGGAUGGCACCAUACUCCAAUUGGAUAUGCGUGAGGCGCAUCGAUGUCGUGGCUCCGACGAGCAGCCGCAAUCGACUUGUGGCGUUCGGUUGCUCAGCCUGUGCACGCAGGUCGAAUCGACAACGGAGGCCAAAUGCUUGGCGAUUAAUCCCCGGCGAACUGAAUAUCUUGCAGUGGGUGCCACUGAUCCCUAUGCGCGUGUUUUUGAUCGCCGCAUGCUGCCAGGCGAAGCCAGCAGCUGUGUCUCCUACUAUGCACCCGGCCAGAUUGUGAAGAACAUCAGUCGCAACAUUGUCCACGAAUCCCGAACCGUCACUUAUUUGACUUUCAAUAGCUACAACUCAACGGAGCUGCUGGUGAAUAUGGGCUGCGAGCAUAUCUAUCGCUAUGAUAUACACAAUGCCACUGCGCCCAUAUUCUAUGACCUGCCCGAGUACACAGCAACGCCUACCCAGACGGAGGCGGAGCAGCAGGAUGAGCAUACAGAAUCCAAGAGUCCAGAAGUGCGAACGUCCAAGAAGGAACUAAAGCGUCGACCGCUACCCACGAGCAUUGAGCAGCACAAGAAGCAGGGCAACGAGCAUCUCGAAAAUGGCAAAUUGCUGGCGGCAAUUGAUGCAUAUUCCGCAGCACUGGCGGAAUAUCCACAAGGUGAAGUUCUUUAUUUGAAUCGGGCAACGGCGUUGAUGCGUCGCGGCUGGUUUGGCGAUAUAUAUGCGGCGUUGCGUGAUUGCCAUGAGGCGCUGCGUCUGGAUCCGACCUAUGUGAAGGCGCACUUUCGGCUGGCGCGUGCAUUGCUGGAGCUGCAUCGGCCGCAGGAGGCGCACAAGUGCCUGCAGGAGCUGAUACAGCGAUUUCCCAGCUUCGCUAACAAUCACGGUGUGCUCAUGCUACACAAGGACAUCCACGAAUCGCACGAAACUGCUGGUCACAUGUCCGAUCAUGAACCGGUGAUGAUUGAGAACGGAUUUCGAUAUCUCCGGCUCACGGACGAUGAGUAUGCGCUGCGCCGUGCUGCAAAGGAUUAUAAGCAGCGCUAUGUCGGACAUUGCAACAUCACAACGGACAUCAAGGAGGCCAACUAUUUGGGCUUCUACGGCGAGUUCAUUGUAGCCGGCUCCGAUGAUGGCAAUUUCUACAUCUGGGAAGGUGAAACGGGCAAAAUUCGUGCCGUGUAUCGGGCCGACAGUGCCAUUGUGAAUUGUGUGCAAUCCCAUCCAAAUAUAUGCAUGUUGGCCACCAGUGGCAUUGAUCACGAUAUCAAAAUCUGGUCACCGUGCGCUCCCAGCGCCGCGGAGCGACCCAAUAUCAUUGUGGAUGUGGCACGUUAUGUGGAGGAUAAUCAGGAGAAAAUGCGCACAGAUCCCUUCGAAGCGAAUACGCGCAAUGCGUAUUGUUUUAAUAAUUAAAUGUGUCACACACACAGACACACACACCGCUAGUAUAAUGUCGAACUCUAGUUUUAAAUUGGAAUUGUAAUUGUAAUUGGAAUUUGCAAUACAAUUCAAGCAAUAAUAGGACACUUCUCCCAAUCACUUCUGCUAACGAAUCUUGCAGCAUUAAUAUAAUAUAUAUAUAUUUAUAUAUAUAUAUAGAGUUUAUAUAAAGCUAAUAGUGUAAUUCGCAAUAAGCGCCAUCAAUUUUGUUAAAUUGUCAAAGAAACCUAAUUAUUAAGCACAUCAUAUGGAUAUGUUA